CCGGGUAGGGGACACGCCAUUCACGCCGGCAGCCUCAACGCAUCGGCAAGCUUGCCUUGCCCACCUGCACGCACGCCCCAUUUCCCUGACUCCACGCCCGCGGCCGCGCCCGCGCCCGCGCCCAGGCCCGCACCACGCGUCCAACACGAGGAUUUAUAGUGUUACAAAACUGUGGUCACGUGUGGACGCGAGGAAGUGUAACAAACAGCAGCAGCUGCGAGAGGCUGGAACAGCAGCAGGAAUUACAAGCAACAUACCAGGGAAUUUCAACAAGCACUGCAACAGUAAGAAUUAAAAGCACCAGCAGUCUGCAGCAGUAUCAGCCAGGGAAGGAGGGUGAAGACCAUCAUCACAACAAGUUAACCUUAGUUACUAUACAUCGUAUUACAUAAUACACAAUGGUGCAGGGGAAAGCAUGGAUAUCAAUUAUUUGUGCAAUGUUUCUUCUUUGCUGCUCAUGGGAAUCCACCACUGCCAAAGAGUUAGAACAGAAGCAGCCAUGGUUAACACCGGUAAUGGAUCAAACUAUGGAAGAAAGUGCAGUGGUAAACACGAUGAAUGGCCGGGAUAUUAGUGAAGAGAACACUGCUGAUGAGAUGGGUGGCAAUGGAGUCACAUGUGACAAUGACAUGGAUGAUAAGUCAGGACGCUAUAAGAGGGUGUUUCUCAGUCGAGGAUGGGGUCCAGGUGGUUAUGAAGCACCCUCACCACCUUCACAGAGGUUUGUGCGCCGCCCGCCUGCAUUUCAGGCACCACGCACCAAGAUCCAAGAGAAUAUAUUAACACCGGCAAUAGGUGGUAAUGGAGGAGCCCGGUAUGCAGCUCUGGUAUCCCCAAAACAACUAGAGCAAACACAGCAGAAACCCCAGUACCGUCGCUUCCAUUCGAUAUUUACUUCAGGAACUUGGAGUCCAUUAGGAAAACGCAGUGAUGGUAAAAAUAAUAAUGAUGCCUUUAAAAAUUCCUUAGAGAAUUACAAAGGCAACAAUGAACGAAGCUGGCUUGGAUUUGUUCUUGAUGAAGGAAACCUGAUAACAAAUGAAAAUAAACGAAGUGGAGUUUUUGCAUCUUCUGGAUGGGGAGCUGGAGGUUCCUCACCACCUAAACAUCCCUGGAUACGUCAUGCAACAAACAGCCUGAGGUCACCAAACUUCCCGCAAGUUAUAAGCAUGGUGGGUGGUGAAAGCAGCAGUGGCGGAGACAGACAUAAAGCAAGCUUCAGAAGUAGCACACUCCACCAAGAGGAUAAACCACUCUUUCACCUCUUCGUUUCCCAUGGGUGGGGUCCCAUGGGCAGAUGAGGUGCUUCAUUUCCACUCAUCACCUAGCAGCAUAUAACCUGUGAACUGUUAAACAGUCCUUUUGCAUGUUACAAAAAUAACUAAAUAGUUCCAAGUCAUUAAAAGAUCCUCCAAUCUACCCAAACCACCAUUCAAGCCCAGUUUUACGCUUAGGCUAAACAUUCUUGCUCUCCCUCUCAUACACUUCCUAAUGAAAAUGGUUCCUCUUUAAUUUUCCAAUUCCUCUGAAAUGCCCAUUAAAUUUAUUUAUAAAAAAUUAUGUUAAAAUAUUAUCAAAAAUUGUUCUUUACUAGAAGUAUGGACCAAAUGAACCAGUUAGAGUUAAGAACUGGUAAAUAGAACAGAAAUGCAACACUGAUGAUACAAAAAUUAUCAGUUAAAAAUAAUUCACCAUGAACAAGGAAAACAAUGUCAAUGAGAAAAUUGAAUUGUAAUACCUUAAAAAUGUAUUAAAUAAAAAACUGCAUUACACUGACUUUUCAAAAGAACAUUUCCAUAUUAUGUGACUGACACUUAACAGAAUGCCGAGUUAUUUCACUACUUUGCUCACAGCCAAUGCUCGUUUAUGAUAAAUUUAUGCACUACAACAUUUGAUCAAGUAGUUUUAUACAAGACAGUAACAUUAAAGCAGUUUUAAAUAGUCAAGGGCUAUUUUUACAGAAUUUUUAUAUAAUGUUUUAAUAUUUUAGAUUUCUGCUCAAGUGGAACUCUACUGUGAUUAUAUGCACAAGAUUUUUGAAAUGACAACACUGUACUUAAUAUUUAAUAAAGAUUAAAACGUGCCAAAAUGGUGAAGAACAGAAUGGUUUAAUUUAGAUUAAAAAGAGAGUAUAUGAGAAAUGGGGUUAUUAGCAGACUGAUUAAUGACACAAAAAUUAAGAUACAUAGAGGAAAUUAAAAUAGCUUACUAAAUACAGACAGACACUAUAUUUUUAUUGUAAUAAUAGUACUAUAAAAUGCUAUGACUCCCAAGGAUAAACGGAAAGUAAAUUAAUGGCAGAUGUAAAAUAGUUAAGUUUGCUUUAAAGGUAGAGAACCACAGAGAUGUAAAGAAAGUCAUUACCUAUAUUUUCAGUAUGUAAAUGAAAGUAAGUUUUUAGCAAACAAAAGAAUCAUUCCUCAUGAUGUUGGUAAGACACAUAAGAAACAUUUAGACAUCUUUAUUCCGAAACGUUUCGCCAAUACAGUAGGCUUCUUCAGUCGAGUACAGAAAGUAGGCAGGAACAGAAGAGAUGUGAAGACGAUGUAAUCAGU